UGUAGGAGCAUACAUAAUAUUUUACUGUGUACUUCUCGGACCGUAUCGCGCACGAGUUGGGGUUGAAAAAAUGAAGUCCCUGUUGGUGUCGUUCAUGCUCGUUUUGUGUGCAGAUGCCGAGCUGAGAGGCCGCAAAGGCUCAGGGGUUUUGUGCAUCUUUAAAGACAAGACAUUCAAGCCAGGAGACAGUUGGCAUCCUUUUCUCGAGCCCUUUGGACUCAUUCUGUGCAUACGCUGCUUCUGCACUGAGAGAGGCCAUGUGAAAUGCAGUACAAUUAAGUGUCCUCCUCUGCCUUGUGGCAAGCCAGUAGCCGACCCAGAGCAGUGUUGCCCACGUUGCACAGAUGAGCCCAAGAUCCCUGCAGGUCUGAGAGCUCCAGUGAAGUCGUGCAGAUAUAAUGGUAGUGUCUAUCAACCAGGAGAGACCUUCACCAAGCAUAACCUCCCAGCCAAGCCAAGCAACCAGUGUGCCAUGUGCUCAUGCUCUAAUGGAAACAUCUUCUGCGCAGUUAAAACUUGCCAACCAAUCAGUUGCUCCUCCCCGGUCACACUUGCAGACACCUGCUGUUUGGUGUGUAAAGACUUCAGCACCAGUGGGUCGUCAUCAGCAGAGGAUGGAAACCAGCAGCUGAACAGAGGCGUUAGACAUUCAGUGGACCAGUGUUCUGGAGAGCUGGAUAGAAUACAGUCCCCCCGGGUCAGGACUUCUCCCAGACGCGUGAGCCUGAAUAAACUUAACUUCAGAGGGGCUUCAGAGACCACUGUGAAGAUUUUGUUGCAGAGGAAACAUGAGAAAGCGUGUUUAUACAAUGGCAAGACGUACUCGCAUGGAGACAUGUGGCACCCGGUUUUGGGGAAGGUCCUGGAAUGCAUCGUGUGCUCUUGUAGCGACGGCCUGCAGGAGUGCAAACGCAUCACGUGUCCCAGCCAGUAUGCGUGCCAACAUCCGGUCAAGUCACCAGGAAAAUGCUGCAAGACGUGUUCAGAACAUAAAGUUGCAAGUAACCAGACUCGGUGUAACUUGGGCUACAAAAGUAAACUUUUGGUGUAUAAAGUGGAAUCAGCUUUGAAAGUUGACUCCCCCAACACAGUUCGGAUAAUGGCUAUUGAAAGAACAAGUACUGCUGAGGUGGAGGUACAAGUGUGGAAGAUGGUUGAUGGUAUUUUACAACUGAUGGAAAUUGGAGAUGUUCAAAGGAAAGAUAUUCAGGAUCAUCCUGAAAAUUACACAUUACUGACAACAGUUGAUGAAGAGAUGUGGGGGAAAUUCAAAGAGGGAGGGGCCAAACUGGAUCAAGCCCAGACCAUUUGUGAAGAUGGCAUUCGGGAGAUGGUGAUGUUUCUCGAUCCCAAGCAGGUCGAAGGCCUGUGCUCGCCCUAACUUGCUUUCUGUAUUGAAUUGUGACUGGACAGUUUUGGGACUUUAUUAAUGCAUACUUAAACUGCAUGGAAAUAAUUUGCUAUUCCAAGAUAUGGGGCCACCAGCUACUUGGUAUGUAAAAUUAUUAUUUUUAGUAUACAUAUUUAUUGUAAAUACUACAUUUUCUCACAUGAUGUCAAGUCCUGUUAUUAGUAGACCAUUCAUACUGGCCAGCAGGGGGCAACUGCUAAAUGAAUAAACUUGUGAAAAGUGAAAAGGACUUUCAAGGCGCCAAUUUAGCUAUGAUAUGCUGUGAUAUAUUAACCAGAGAAAUUAGCACAGUUAAACAUUUUCCAAAUUACAUUGGAACCUUUCGGGUUGAAAACAAUCGGUUCGUUACAUGUUGCAUGGUGUUUUAGUGGUUAGCACGUUUGUCUUACAGCUCGGUAAUCCGGGUUCAAACAUCUUUGUGCUUGUACUUCCCAUGCUUGCAUUGGGGUUCUGGUGGUCCUGACAUGCAAAUUACUAGGUUAAGUGAAAACUAAUUAUAUGUGAAUGAUUUUUGGUCUAUACAGUAUGUGUCCUGCGACUGGUUGGCAACCAGUCCAGGAUGUACCCAGGGUGCACUCUGCUUCUCAUCCAAAAUCAGCUGGGACAGUUUUCAAGUACCCGCAGCUGUAAUGAAGCAGCGGUAUAAUGUAGAAAAUGGAUGGAGGGACAGUCUGUUCUAACUUGGGCUCUGAUUUGUCCAGAAUUGUGAAAAAAAUAAACAAAGUGAAGCCAUUAUAAAAAUUUCAUUAACUCUAUACUGCAGGUCAAUCUUUAAUCAUCAAUCAUAAAACAUCAAUUAAUAAUAAAACAUACACAAGUCGAUUUGCAGAGACCGGACAAAUUUCACUGUUUUAACAUUUGUAGGCUACUUGUUGUUACACAACUCUACAAAGGAGGAGGUUAGCCUUUGUUACAUGUAAAAAAGGACACUGUUAAAUGUGAAACAAUAAAACACUAUCGAAACUUUAUCAUAACUUUAAUAUUAACACUAAUAAUGCAUAUUAAGAUGGACUGAGCGACCCUAGUGAGGAGAAGCGGCUCAGAAAAUGGAUGGAUGGAUGGAUGAAUGUAAAUCUACUUACAUCAUGUAACUGGACGUUCCACUGUAGCUGUUUGUGUCAAGUGUACAUCAUGAUGUUUAUUUUGUUUAGUACAGUACUUUCUCAGUACAAUAUGACAAUGAGACAACAAACCCAAAUGUGUAAAUGUGGUUAUAAUAGGCCUAAAGAUGGUGGCAGCUUAUUUGGAUAUGUUGUUAUUCAGAAUCCACAAAAAUACAACCUGUUUAAUGUUGAAACCAUAAAUGAUUUUGUUUUUA